AUGAGAAAGGGGAGGGGGAGAUUCAAGGGACAUGAUUUGGAGGAGCAAAAGGAAGAGCUGGCAGUGUAUGGAGAGGAACAGCCGGAAGGGAAGGGGCUGAAUAAAAUAGGAGUUUGUGGUUUGCUUGAAACAAAGCUAAAGGAUGAUAGAAUAAAGGAUAUGAUAAAUAGGAAAUUUUCUAAUUGGGGAUACUAUACUAGUCCUACAAUUGAAAAUCGUAUUCUAAUAAUGUGGAGGAAAAACUAUGCUCGAGUCAUUGUCAUUAAAGAAGACCCUCAAUCUGUUUACUGCUAUGUUAAAAUGUCUGGUCAAAGUAAAGCUAUGUGUAUUACCUUUGUUUAUGGGUAUAAUACAGCAGAGGAAAGGAAGAGCUUAUGGGAAGAUCUUAUGGGGGUUCAAAUUCCAGCAGCCUCUUGGCUUGUUACAGGAGAUUUUAAUGCUCUCUUUGAUAUUGAAGAUAGGAAGGGAGGCAACUUGGUUACUUUGGGAGAUGUUGAAGAUGCUACUAAUUGGCUAGCUAAAAGUCAUCUUGUGCCUCUUAUUAAAACGGGUUCAAGAUUCACUUGGACUAACAAUCAAGAAGGUAACAAGCGGAUCUACUCGAAGAUUGAUCACACCUUUGUUAAUGAAGAAUGGGUAGACAAUUUUCCUUUGACAAAGGCGCACUAUGGUUGGGAGGUUGUUUCAGAUCAUUGUGUUUGCAUUAUUUCGAUGAGGGUGGAUGAGAACAUAGGGAGGAAACCUUUUCGGUAUUACAACUUUUGGGCAGAUCAUCAAGAGUUUAAAAAAGUUGUGAUGGAAGAUUGGUCCCGACUAGUUCAAGCAGUUGGGUUGAAAAGCCUUUUCUUGAAACUCAUGCGUCUGAAACACAAGCUAAAAAAGUUCAACAAGGAAGUCAUAGGAGAUAUUGGUAAGACUUUUCAGGAAGCCAAAGAUAGGUACAUGGAAGCUAGAAUGGACACUCAAGCUAACCCGCAUGAUCAGUUGGUGCAAAAAAAGGAGAAAGAUGCGGCUGUCAACUUUAGUGAACAUGAGAAAAUAAGAAUGGAAAAUAGCAUAGUUGCUUAUACAAACGAACAAGGGGAAGUCGUUGACAAGUUCCCUGAAGUGGUCAAACACUUUGUUAACCACUUCCGUAGCUAUAUGGGUUCUAGUGAAAAGCCGACAUUGACUCUCAGGAAUGAUUGUAUGAAUCAGGGGAAUUGUCUUAACAUAGAGCAACAAAUUAGAAUGAUAGAGCCGUUUACUAGCAAGGAGAUAAAGAAAGCCUUCUUCAGCAUUCCUGAUUCAAAAUCUCCAGGGUCGGACGGUUUUGGAGCAGGUUUUUUCAAGAAAAUGUGGCCAGAAUUGGGAGAAGAAUUCACUAAAGCUGUGGAAAGCUUCUUUCAAACAGGAAGUAUGCCAAGGGAUCUUCUUGCCACAAUGCUUAUUGAUAACUCUAGAAAUUAG